AUGGCCUCCCGCGAAUCCACAUCUCGCGCCCCCUCUAUUUUCGCCAUUUCCACUGAGCUCUUUCACGGUAUCACAUCCAACUUGAAUGUCCUCGACAUCCAUAGUCUGCGGCUCACCUGUCAUCACUUCCACGCCGUGAUCCCUCCAGUGCCUCCACCAACACAUUCCGACUUGCUUAACGCGGAGACCAUCCACUUCCUUGCAUGUGUUGGUUGCAAACGUCUACGGCGAUCUGCCAAAUUCAGUACGAAGAUGGUCAAAAAGCACAAGAGACCCGGUGGGCGUCAAGCGCGUUCACGAUUCUGUAUUGAAUGUGGUCGUCGACCACUGCCAGGUACUCAUCGAUAUAUGCUAGGUCAACGCUGGGAGGAAGGUGUGGUGCCCUAUGUACGAUGCAUAAGGUGUACAGAGAUUGAUAUUGCUCCGGAUGACAAGAUAGUGAAACUUUGUUUAUCUUGCCAUCAGCAAAACUUGGAGAGGAAAAGAGCAGCUGAGGAACAGGAUAGACUGUGGAAGGAGGUUAACGACCAGAAGCAGAGAAGGUUGCUACGUGAGGAGAGGAGGCGAAAUUGGAUUCAUAGCGGACGUGCCCAGUCUGAAUUUUCAUCGCAUGAUCCAGCAAGCGAGCAGUACAGCGAGAGUAUCGAUUGGGGAUUCGGCAUUGACAUGAACUCCGCACAUUCAUGA